AUGCCUUUUAAUCCGAAUAUUACUCUCGAAGAAUUACGUCAAGUCCACGUUGAUUUUGUGUCACAACGAGAUUGGCACAAGUAUCAUACUCCUCGUAAUUUAACACUUGCUCUUGUUGGUGAAGUGGGAGAAUUAGCAGAAAUAUUUCAAUGGAAAUCGGACGAAAUGUGUGAAAAUUUAGAACAAAACUUUUCCGAGAAGGAGAAGGAAAACUUACGAGAUGAACUUUCCGAUUGUUUACUCUAUAUUUUGAGAUUAUCGGAUGUGUGUGGGGUUGAUUUACCAACAGCUGCACUCGACAAGAUGAAAAAGAAUGAAUUGAAAUAUCCAGUGGGACGUUCAUUGGGAAGAGCCGAUAAAUACACAACCUAUAUGGAUCAACAACAACAUGAUCAUGCGUUGAAGGACUAG